AUGAAAAGAAAUCGAUAUAAAGUAUUAAUUUCCAUUUUAUUCUAUGAAAUUAAGACAAACUGUGAUAUGUCUUCGAUAAAGCACCAUUUAAAUGGAGCACCUAUACCUGUAACUAGAAUGUGUCCAGGAGUAGAAAAUGGUGGUGUUGGCGAUAUUGUUAAUGGUAUGGGAAUGGGUGGCAUUAAUAACAGUAAUAAUGGAUUUGAAUCAAAUUUAGGAUAUGUUGGUGAAGGUGGUGGUAG